UUGCUUCAGUUGUCUUCUUUAGCAAAUUUGUCUCUCUUUAGUUGCCGGCGUGCAUAUUUAGUAUUAAAGCUAAAAUGUUGUAUUAUUGCAAUCUCUUGAAUUAUGCUCAUGCAUCCUGAAUGUAUAUAUUCCAUAAUAAAAGAGUAAAGGCUGUAGAGUGCAAUUUCCUUCUGCUGCAUCAUCACAGUUUCAAAACAUAUUGCCUACAAACCAGGAAGAUUUGCAUAUAUGUGGAGCAUGCAAGCAGAAUUUUUCUGACAUCAGCCUCUUCGUGGAGCACAAACACGCGGGCUGCAUUAGGAAUACUCAGAAGCCUCCAGGCACCGCGUCUGCCUUACUGGGGCAGUCCACUAUGGGUUACGUAAGCACCACAUCAUCUUCAGGUGGUGAAGAUUCAACCUCCCCCUCUCCUAUAGGACCACCGAUAUUUCGAGUUAUCGUUGAUGGCUCAAAUUUAUCGAUGCAGCCAGGAACUGGCAAUUCAAGACAUACUUUGUCAUGCAGAGAAAAUGGUGAUUCCCAGAUACUCCGAUCUCGAUUGCUCGGGAUUCAGAAUGACCAGCAGCUGGCAGUGAAUCAACAGAACAUUGCUGGCAACUCAGGAGGAAUGCAGGCUAUUGUUAUGCAACAACAUUCUAGACGGGAAUUUCAAAUUGAUGAGGAGGCAGUAGCUACAAUUCUUGCCAACCAGCUUGCCAAUGAGGAUGUUACAUCAACCCACGUGAAUAUGUCUCCCUCAAGAACAGCACCCAUACUUGUUUUAGGAAAUAUGGGUAGUGAAAUGAUUGUACGAGAGUCAAGAGAAUCAUUGGACCUUGGAUCCCUAGGUCUUCCAGGAGACGCAGUAGUAACACUUGAAUUAGAAUCUGAACCAAAACGAUGCUGCAGCAACAAAGACAUUGGUCAUACAGAGUCAAGUCAACCUACAAGGAAAAUUGUUUCAGGGGAGUUAAAAGACAAACUCUGGGCUCAGGCAAGUGAAAAAGAUUUGCCUGAAGACCAGUUGCAUCUUACCACAUCAUCUGUGCCCUGUUCACUGUCAGCUGGUACAGCUGACAUCUCUCCACCUAUAGUAGGAUUCUCUUCUAUGUCGAGAUCACGUACCAAGAAGAGACAUGAUUGUACGUUUGACGGUUGUGGCUUCUCUACAUGCUACCUGAAAGAUCUGGUUCGUCACAUGAGGCGGCACACAGGUGAACGUCCAUUCCAGUGUGAAACGUGUCAACGGUCAUUUAGCCGAGGUGACAAAUUGCAGAUGCACUUACGCAUACAUUCAGGUGUUAAGCCUCAUCAUUGUGACCAGUGUGGUUAUGCCACCAUAGACAGAGGCAGUUUGCGAAAACACAUGCGCAUCCAUAAUGAUGAACGUCCAUACAAGUGCCAGAUUUGUCCGUAUAGAUCCAGAGAUUCAUCUCAGCUUACGGUUCACUUACGGACCCAUACAGGUGAUAAUCCAUUUGUGUGUCCAUAUGAGUCAUGUUCCUCAGCAUUCAAGACAAGUUCAGACCUCAAGAGGCAUGCCAGAAUGCAUACUGGAGAGAAACCAUUUACCUGUGAAUUCUGUGAUUAUAAAUGUGCCAUAAAAUCAAAUCUCCAAGUCCACUUACGGCUUAACCACACAGAAGUGAAAUCAAUUCCAUGCAGUAGCUGCAAUCAUGUAUCCACAUCAAAAAGAGCUGCAAAGGAACAUGACAAGAUUCAUGCUGAUGAGGUCCUCAAGUGUGGCAUUUGUGCCUAUACGUGCAUUAGCACUGCAAGUAUGAAGAGCCACUUGAGAAUACACACACAAGACAAACGUUUUUCAUGCAAACAUUGUCAGUACACCUGCAGGCAACAGGGAAAUCUUAAGACUCACAUGAAGAAGAAACAUCUUGAUUUGAGAGUUUCUAAAAGGGGGAAGGGCGCUACAAAAGAUUCAGUAGCAGGAAAAGUUGGGUCUUCCACAUGCAAUUUGCCAAAGUCCCUAAUUCACUGCAAGCCAUUUUGCUACAAGUCAUACAGAUGCACGUGUUGUGAUGCGGCGUUUGUCCGUGAGGAUUCUUGGAGGAGUCACAUGAGGCAACACCAAGCCCAAGAAUCAGUUCUUUCAAGUACUGUUUCAGCUGCAGAAAGCAGUCUGGUAUCAGACUUGGAAAGCUGUGAGCAACAAAGGGCUGUUACCUUGUUGGGAACAGACAGUCUGCGUGCUGCUGCCGAUCUCCUUGAUCAAGAACAAUUUAUGUUGUCUCUAGAUAAUCAGAACACAGGUUCUAAGGAAGUAAUGAAGAUAGACCAGCAGUUUCAGAAAUCAAAAGACAUAUCACUUCCAGAAUCAGGUAGCAGGUCAAGAGAACUGAAGGAAGGUUGUGACAAGAGAGGGCAGCUAGUAUCUGCAGACGAACAAGACGCAACUCAGCCAAUGUUACUUUAUGUUCAGAACUCAUCAUUGCCAGAAGGUAAUGUCGACGACAGUUUACGUAAUGCUGAAAUAUUAGCGUCACUCAACCAAGCAGCUCCAAUUCUGGUGACUGGUCGUUGUGGUCAGUACAUUACUUUACCUACAGACCAGAAUCUUGUGGAGCAACUGGCAGCAUCCCUCCACCCUGGCACGGCGUAUCAAUAUGUUCUGUCCAAUCCAUUGGGAAAUGAUGGGGCAUUUAUCCAAACUGCUUCUGGCAGUGACUCUGAACUUGCAUCUCACAUCGAUAGUGCUGUCCACAUCCCAUCCAUAAUAUCUCUGCAUAUGGAUAAACAGUCAGUGGUUGAAGAUAAAAACUGACAGACCUUUUGGAUUUUGAAGUAUUCUAAAAUGAGUGAUUGGUUGUUGGAGAAGUGAAAGUGGGAAUGAAACUAUGCAUAUGUUAACUGAGGCGUAUGGUGCUGAUGCUACAAAAAAGUUGAGUCUUUGAGUUACGUGGAAGGCUUGAAGAGGUAUGGAAAGACAUGAAAGACGACGAAAGAACUGGACGUCUGAAAACUCGCCGUACAGAUGAAAAUGUGAAAAAAGUACGGAAAUUGGUUUGUUCUGACAGAUGAUUUUAAAAAUGUACAAAUGAUGGCAGAGGAACUGAAUUUAGAUAGAUAAACUGAGAGGAAGAUUUUGACUGAAAAUUUUGGAAAUGAAAGUUUCAGCAAAGAUGGUGCUUAUAACGUUCUCACUGUCUAGGAAUUUUUGGCCAAAAAAUCAAUAAUGAAAUAGGACCAUCCGUCAUAUUUGCCAGAUUUUGCUGCAUGUGACUUUUUGCUAUUCCCAGAACUGAAGGCUGCUUUGAAGGACCACAGAUUUUUAGACAUUGCCAACUUUCAGGGAUGUGUGAAGUCCAUCCUGAAGAGCAUUCUAGAAGAGGAGUUCCAGGAAUGUUCCAACUCAUUGUGUAUUGGUGCACAAGGAGGCUACUCUGUAGGAGACAGCAUUCAUUAGUAUAAAUAAUUAAAUACAACGUUUAUGAGGUCAUUGCGGGAAUUUAAUUGUUGCACCUUCCAUGCCAGUGGACAGCGACUGAAGUGCUGGAGAAUCUUAUCUCCCUCAUGACUGAAAUACUUUCCUCAUUCUUUAAACAAUUAUAUUAAAAUGAUGUUGAGUUUAUAUUUUUUUCUGCGUGGUUGAAGUCACUGAUGGUCUUGGAGUUGGCUAUAGUUCCAUGUAUGGUUUGAUAGACAUCUUGUUUUUAAUGUAUGCGGGAAACACUAAUCUAGAAGUUUCACAUAAUUGUUUGUUUAAUUUUUUUUUGUUUGCUGCUGAAAGUGGACACACUGACCAUUCUUCCAUUUAAAUUAUUUCAGUGUUUAUGAUAAUGUGAGGCUGAAUUUGCAGAGGGUUAGGUAAUCAAGGUUUGCUGAACUGCGACUAACAGACAGUUCUUUGUCCCUAUCCCUGACUUAACUCAUGUGGACCUGGUGUUGCAAGAUUGCUACUUUUGUGACUAGUUUGAUAAAUUUUACAUUUGCUAAUUUAAAAUGAAUUUACAGAAUGAAGUUAUAUGUUUUAAAGCAUAAAAUUUUUCUACGAUUUUAUAAAAUAACAAUGUUAUUCGUGGUGCUGACAAAACAAAUGUUUGAUCUUGUUUUUUUUUACAGUUUGAUGUCUGAAGGAACAGCAUUAUCAGAUUUGAUAAAUUGAAGUAUCGGAGUAAUUAUUUGUUAUCUAUUUCUAGCCAUGUUGUACUUAUUGAGUACACGAAAUUUUAAUUGGUUUUAGAAAAAUUCCAGUUUUAUAAUUUCCAUUCAGUGUGACUUAAAAAUAAGACCAUUUCAUGUUAAAUUAGCGGUUUUCAAAGAGUCGUAAAAGUAUACUAAAUACUGCAUUGUUUUCGUUCUUUCCAUUUCCAAGAUUUUCUUAUUUUGUGUAUGUUAGUACUGGAAGCUCUGUGGGACCAACUAACCUUUGUUAACAUAGACACAGUCUUUGUAAAAUAGUUUCCACAUCUACCUCAGUUUCUGAAGUGCAGUGUGCAACUGCUGGUUUGAAUCACUAGCUACACAUUAGUAAGACAAGAAAAUGCGGUGUGGAUUGAAACAUGUAAUUGUAAAAUUUUAAUGCUGUAUUUUAUGACAAAUGAAGGAUUUUGUGUCAGAUAAUGUAUAGUUUUGUAUUAAUUGUUACUUACUUAUUUGUAAAUAUUGUAUUUAUUUGUAAAUAUUUGUAUGUGGUGGUCAGUUGUAAUUAUCCAUAUAAAACGCUGGAAUAUUGUUUUUA